UGUCCUGAUCAAGUGUGUGCGUGCGUGUGUGUGUGUGCGUGUGUGUGUGUGUGUGCGCGUGCAGUAACCUGUGCCCUGGCAAGAGGUGAAGGGAACAAGCUUUCUCCGUUUGUUGACGCAUAGAUGAGAUUUCACUGAUGGUUGCUGCAAGAGGGAGCAAAAAAGUCGAGCAGCUCCAAGACGGGAGGGAGGCAGCAAGAAGCUCUGCAGCCAGACAGGAGCCUCUGCCUUCACGCACGGUGAGACGGGCACACCUUUCGGAGGACGAGCGUGUGAUUAUGACCAAGCAAAUCAUGCAAGCAAUCUCAGAGAUGGUGAAUUCUGACUGCAUGAUGAACCGUGACUAUGAAGGCUGGGUGGAUUUCGGACGCCGGGACGCAGAAUGACAGAGGGGAGGCCGCCGCGGCUGCUUCAGUGUUCGCCGAAUGCUUUUGCUUUGAGCUGCUGCUCAUUUUACUACUCUUGCAACUUCAUGAAUAAAGUUUUUUUGGCAAAGUUAAAA